AUGUCGCGGCUCACAGCAGCCCAGGUAAUCGCCCUCGGCGAAUACCUCGACCCGGACUUCGAUCCCGCGAGCUUGACCGUCUCCCAACUUCUCGGUGUCUUUGGAUAUCACAACAUCCCGUUUCCUCAGCCGUACACGAAACCGAAGCUCGUCCAGCUGUUCAACGACCAGAUCAAGGCGAACGCGACGAAGCUGAAGAAGCAGAGAAUCAAGAAGGAGAACAGCCUAGCGAGUGACGAAGGGAUCACCGAUGGAGUUACCGGCAAACCGCUAUCGCAGCCGAAGGCGCCCCUAACCAGGCGAUCCUCUCGUCGACUAUCUCGAGCUCCCGAAUACGAAGAGUAUACCGAACCGCUCAAGCCAGAACCUCCCAAGCGUAGAAGGUCGUCGGCUCAGCCUACGCUCGGAGGACCGUCCACCACUCGGAGGACAUUGAUACAGCCCUCUUUGGCAGAAGAAAGCGAACCCGAGGCGAGUCCGCUGCCGAAAGUCCGUCGUAGCAAGAAGUCUACGGCGGACGCGGGAACAGAAGCGCGGAGACGCGUCUCAGACGCAUUUCCCGAGGAUAGCGGAUGGGAGGACAACAACGUGUUCCAGUCUGGCGCUGAAUCCUCCCCGAGCCGUCCUUCUCCCAAAGCGAAGGCGCCUCGGAAAUCAGUCGUACCCCGGAAAUCCCGGAAAUCGUCGUCUGCUCCGCCACAGAUACCGUCGUCGCCCACGAAGUCAUCGCCAUCGAGAUCGCCCGCCAAGGAUAGGUUUCAGCACGAGUCCAAGUUUGAUCCGGAUCUGCCUGAGGAUAUCUUCGCGGAUAGCAAGCGAACAUCGGACGGGACUUCGGCCCCGUCACGUCCUUUACUCGCUGUGCCGAGCAUAGUGAAAGAAGAGGAUGAAACAGUUGCCGACGAACUGCCUGACUCGGAGCCGAUACCUGCACCUAUAGCAACCAAAUCGGAGGACAGCGAGCCAUCCAGUAGCGUGGUGUCCCAGGUGGCUAACCAGGGAGCCGUGAUCCGAAGACCUGCACCUCCGAGGCAGAGCGGGAGCUCCUCAUGGUUCAUCCGUACAGUGCUCGUCGGUCUAGCUUUGCUAGCCUCCGGCGGCUUGGUCGCUGACUAUAAAGGACAAUCUGCCUCCAUCGGUUUCUGCGAGAGCGGCAAGGACACGAAUCAGGCGUUGGAGACGCUGAAGAUCAAGUGGGAGGCGAUCGAGAAGUGCAACAGGGAAAACAGCACCGUCCUGACGCUCCCCAUAACGCCAAACGAAGCGACGGACAUUGCCGAGGUCGUCGAGCCGGUGGCCUGCCCGCCUCUGCCUAUCAUACCUCGCCCCGCUCAUUGCACGCCAUGCCCCCCACAUGCGUCAUGCACGCAGGAUACGGUGAUCUGCGACACCGGCUUCCUUCUGCGCCCGCAUUGGGCCUUGAGUUUCCUUCCGCCGCCGCCACGGACCAUCUCGCCACACGCCCCGGCGGACACAACCUCGGAUGCUGUGUGGAAAGUAAUACACGAAGUGACUGACGGCCUGCCCGGAUUAGGGCCGGUUGCGUUCCCUCCGAGAUGCGUGCCGGAUCCAAAGCGGAAGCGCAAUAUCGGCGCGCUCGGGAAAGCGGUGGAGGCCAUAUUGAAGCAGGAGCGUGGCCUCAGGGUCUGCUCUGGCGCGCUCGAUCGCGUUCAAGUCAGUCCCGAAGACGGCGGCGAGGCAAAGAAGUGGGGCUUGGACGUGGAGAGCCUGCGGGAGACGAUGAAGAAGAAGACGGCACCUCAUCUGCUCGAGACGUUUGAUGAUACGUUCAACGAAGCCAUAUCGCAACUCGUGGUGUGGGGUAACGUUUUGACCGGGGAAGACCAGAAUGGUCGCAGCUAUCUGGCACACGAGAUCCCAGACUUGACAUGGAAUUGUAUGCUCACUGUCAAGGCUAGGGAAACGUGGCAGGAGUGGCGGUCUAGCGUCUUGGGCUUCCUGCUGCUGGUGAUCGCCGCGUUCUCAGAAAAGUCCCGGCGCGCCCGGCGGAAGAUCGAGGACGAGCGCGUGGCAGAGCUCGUCCAGAUCGCGCUCGACACGUUGCGCAACCAGGAGCUCGCGCACCACGUUGACCCGGUGACGGCCCCGCAGCCGUACCUGUCCUCGCUCCAGCUCCGCGACCUCGUGCUGCAGGACGAGCACUCGGUCUCUGCGCGCGCGCGCCUGUGGGACCGCGUCGAGCAGGUCGUCGAGAGCAACGCGAACGUGCGCGCCAACCUCGAGGAGGUCGCGGGCGGGGACGAGCUGCGCGUCUGGCGAUGGAUGGGGGGUGCGGCCGCGACGCCCGGGGGCGGACGGCGCAAGCUCGAGCAGGCGACGUCGCCCGGCGAGACGUAG